GCGUUUAAAAGAAGAUGGAUUUAGGGAACCGCGGCGAGUUCCUGUUUGAGAAUCCAGCUGAAAGCAGAUACAGGAUUACCUUGACAACAUGAAUCCACCACUUUUUCCAUUUGCCCUUGGCUUGCUUGUGCUGCUUUACACUGCACACCAAAGCCAUUCCUCUGGGUCCAACCUGAAGAAGACUCUGGCUGAAUGCCUGAAGGACUCUAACUACAAUGAAUGGAUGAAAAUAGUGGAUCAGGGCCUCCCAAAGAUAGACAAGCCUCAUCAUGUUGCUAUUGUCGGAGCUGGCAUGGCUGGACUGACAGCGGCCAAGCUGCUACACGAUGCUGGACAUACGGUCACCAUAUUGGAGGCCAGUGGUCGUGUUGGUGGACGAGUGGAAACCUACAGGAAUGUAAAAGAACACUGGUACGCAGAAAUCGGGGCGAUGAGGUUCCCGAAAUCUCACUCUAUUGUUCUUACCUUUGCAAAAAAGUUGGGCUUGGAGUUCAGGACUUUUACUAUGGACAACAACAUGACAUAUUAUCUGGUUAACGGAGUGAAGAAAAGGAAUUAUGAAGUGAAAGAAAAUCCGGACAUUCUUGAAUACAACGUGAAUAAGAGUGAGAAGGGGAAGUCAGCUGAGGAACUCCUGCAACGAGCUCUGGAGACGAUCAAAAACGAUAUCAAACAGCAUGGCUGUGAGAAAGCCCUGAAGAAAUAUGACAGAUAUUCUGUUAAGGAAUAUUUAAAAGAAGUUGGAGGUCUGAGCAACGAGGCGAUCAGGAUGAUUGGAGACCUACUUAAUGAGCAGAGCCUCAUGUACACAGCAUUGACUGAGAUGCUCCGUGACCAAGCGGACGUCAAUGAUAAAGUCGAGUACCUUGAGGUAAUUGGUGGAUCGGACCUUCUCCCGAAUGCUUUCCUUAGUGUGCUUCCUCCUGUCAUUCAUUUGAACGCUAAAGUUCAGGGUAUCGACCAUACCAAUGACAAUGUUACUGUAGUCUACAAGGAAAAUCAACAGCUCACCAAAGUGCAAGCAGAUGCUGCUCUGGUUACAACUACCGCCAAAGCUGCUCUUUACAUGGACUUUAAUCCCCCCCUGUCUGUUCCAAAGAUGGUGGCGUUAAGGUCGGUUCACUACGACAGCGCCACCAGGAUCACUCUCACAUUCAGUGAAAAGUUCUGGGAGAAUGACGGCAUCAAAGGCGGAAAGAGCGUCACAGACCGACCCUCUCGUUUCAUCUACUACCAGAGCUACAGCUUCCCAAAGAAUCCCACCAUCGGCGUCAUCCUGGCCUCCUACACCUGGUCCGACGACUCGCUCCUGUUUCUCGGUGCCAGUGAUGAAGAGCUGAAGGAGGUUCUUCUGAAAGAUUUAGCUGCAAUCCAUGGUGACCGUGUUCGGAAACUCUGCACCGGAAUACUGGUGAAGAAGUGGAGUCAGGAUCCUUACAGCCACGGUGCUUUUGCAUUGUUCACACCCUAUCAACACGUGGACUACGCUGCAGAGCUCUUCAGGAGCGAAGGCCGCAUUCACUUUGCCGGGGAGCACACGGCCUUCCCUCAUGCUUGGAUCGAGACAUCUAUGAAAUCUGCAAUUCGGGCAGCUGUGAAUAUUAACAAAGAGGCACGCAAGCAUUCUGAUUCCAACCAAGGGAGAGAUGAGCUCUAAACUCAGAGCUCUGUGAGAUAUGCUCCACUGCAGUGGCUCAUAUCCAAACUAAUAUGGUUACAGAAUACUUAAGUCAUUUACAGUCACCGCCAUCAUUUAGAAGAUGAUGCGCAUGAGUUUUUUAGGUUAGGUUGAGAUGUUUUAUAAUGUAGCUUUCUUUUAUCAUAAUUGUGUUGUUAACGUUGGAGGCUACAGUGAUUUUCUGCUUCCAUUUGUUGUUUGGGUUGCACUUGUCUCUAGUGAUACUUAUGUGAAGCGCUUUGGUCAACUUUGUGCUGAGUUAAAUGUGCUAACUGAAUAAAAUAAACAUUAACAUUACAUGUAGUAUGUGGGAUAGUGAAAGCCCUCUACAUCAGAAUAAUGGCGGGUUGGGACAACAUGCAGAAUCUAUGAAACCCACUUCCUUUGUAGCAAGCCCAGGAGUCAUUUAAUGGGCUGAAGGGAAAGUUAUUCAGUUUUAUUCUACAGUGAUUUGCAUGGAUUGUAUGUGGUUAAGCUAAGACCUUUUAAAAUCAUACACUUGUUUUGUAUUCUUAUUUUAAAAUAAAUACACAAACUCACUCUUGUACAUACUGUGGUACCUUUGGGCUUUCCUACAGAAAGUUAUGUUUUUUUCUUUCCUUAUUUGCUUGUUGUACGUUAAAGGAAGUGUAAAAAACACCAUUCAGCAUUGAUAACCAUUCCAUAGAGUUCCAUGACUCCAACCUGUGGUGGAAGCCAAACUAUUGUUAAGAUACUGUAACACUGAAUAUUGAAUGGUACAUUAUUUUUCAUUUACUCUUAGAUAAGCCUAUAAUGAAAGGCAACAUUGUAAUAAAGUGUUUCCCCCUAAAA